GCUGACUUUGAAUGAUUGGCUCUUUUAUGUGCUAGAUAUGGUGGCAGGGCUGAUUACUAGUCGAUUCGAAAGGCAAUCCUUCAUAAGGGUUGUCAUCCAAUUUCUUGAAUUCUCUCACUACCUCCCUGUCUUCCUCUCUUACACCCUCCGGUCUUGGCUUCAGUUCAAUUCUCCGUAUAUCGACUUCAGAAAUGGGCUCCUCGAUGAGAUGGUUAGCUGUGGCUGCUCUUGUAUCUUUCUCUCUUGACAAGACGAGUGCUCUUGAGUUUGAUCUGCCACCCUCAGUACCGGAACCUACUUCGCCGGCAAGACUUCGUGCUAUCCGUCAUGUAUAUGCACGCGCAGACGCAACUACUGAGACUCUCAGCAUCACUGUCGCCCCGGACAACACUUGUGGUUUCUACACGCCAAACACAUCUUUCUUCUUCACAUGUACUGGCGGUGUGAAGUGUAUGUACGAGAAUGACAAGUACAAUGUUGCGUUUUGUGGUGAGAGGGACUUCAAGACGGCUUGUAUGAACAGUGUCGAUGCCUUGAACCCGGAUAAGUGUGAUGUGGACUGUAGACGGAACACAAACAUUCAGAAAUGUACUGCCGACACAAAGACGGAGUGUUACACCAUCUACUUCCCCAACAACAUCGAGAAGUACCCUUGCCAUACGCAAUCAGGCUUCAGCAGCAUGAACUUCCCUGACGGUGUAAGCGACUUCGAACAAUCAACACUAGGCGUGGACGUCUUCCCAGCUCUGGCCACCACCGAAGCAUCAAGCACAGAAGAAUCCACUACCGAAGCCUCAUCAAAGUCAACAACCGCAGCAUCGACCACAACAGUCACAGGCGCACCCCAAAACGACGACGGUGAAGAAAACAAAGACAACAGUGGAAGCAGUACACCCGUAGGCGCUAUUGCUGGCGGUGUCGUUGGAGGCGUCGCCAUUCUCGUUGCCGUGGGCCUCAUCAUCUUCUUCAUCCGUCGACGAGACAACAAGAAGAAAGCAGCAGCUCAGCCAUUAAUGUCAGACCAAGCACACACGCAGCCACAAAUGCCGUAUGGAAUGGCCCCUCAACAACAACACAUGCAUCCUUACCAGGAAUGGCACACUGGAUCACCGCCUCCUCAGGGGUGGCAACACAGUCCUUCACCUCCCAUCCCAGGAGCUCCAGUGCUAGUUGAAGCUCCCGAUUCAAAUACUGCUCAGAUUCAUGAGAUGGGCGAUGGAACCGUCAAGUAUAAAUAAGCAUACGAAAAAGGGAGGGCAUUGUUCUGGAUUGGCGGAAAGCGAUAGAAGGCGUUUUAAGUGCUUACUUGUAUCGUCCUGUGUUGGACUAGCUCAUAUUAAUGGCUGCGACUAGUUUCACUUCUCAACUCUUGUGUGUGUGUGUUAAGCUCGUGACUUCGUUUGAUAGACGUGCCUUAUUCGGAUCAGAUAAAAGCAUAAUUUGAAAGGAGGGUAGUGGAUGGGUGGUCUAGAUCUCUGAAUGAAGAUCUCCCGGCCUAGAUGCUGGUUCAGUGGUGAUGUUGCAUGAUCAAGAUGAAGACUGCUGAGGAAGCAGGAAGACUCAGGACCUUUAUCCUAAGUCAUAAAAAGAUUUAGGUAAACUCAAAACUGGCUUAGAAGGCCUUAGAUGGUCGUUUGUAUCAACUAGGGUAAGGGUCCCGAGUUUUGCUACCUUCCCUGGGACUCUAAGUAAUAGACAUUGCUGUAUGUGAGGG